AUGACUUUGUCCCACUACAGUUCAGCAGAAACCCUCAGGGAUCCUGAGGUUACAGACCAGUCGGUCAACUCAAGCCCUAAUCUCUCGCCUGAAUAUGAGAAAGGAUUCUCGGUAUCAUCGACACCAGCAGAGUCAAUCAAUCUUGAAGCCCAAGCCCCAGAAGAACCACCAUAUCAUGUGUUCACUCGGUCUCGCAAAUUGUUAAUGGUUAUUAUUGUCUCUUUCGCCGCCAUUUUCUCGCCGCUAUCUUCAAACAUCUAUUUCCCUGCACUGUCAGAAGUUGCAAAGGAACUCGAUAUCUCCAUGUCUCUAGCUACCUUGACUAUCACGAUAUACAUGAUUGUUCAAGGUCUUGCCCCGAGCUUCUGGGGUUCUUUCUCUGAUGCAUUGGGCCGUCGUGUGAUUUUUGUUGGAACAUUUAGUGUAUACAUUAUUUCGAACAUUGCUUUGGCUGUCUCUACCAACUAUGGUGAACUUAUGGCUUUCCGAGCGCUGCAAGCUGCCGGAAGUGCAGCCACCAUCUCAAUUGGUGCGGGUGUCAUUGGUGAUAUUACCACCUCAGCGGAACGAGGCAGCUUGAUUGGAAUAUUUGGUGGUGUUCGCAUGUUGGGACAAGGAGUUGGACCAGUAUUCGGUGGAAUCCUCUCUCAAUACCUUGGGUUUCGAUCUAUCUUCUGGUUCUUGGUUAUUGCAUCCGGAAUCAGUCUUUUGUCUAUCAUGUUUUUCCUCCCCGAAACACUCCGCUCUAUCGCUGGAAACGGCACAGUUCCCCUCAAAGGCAUCCACAAGCCAGUCAUCUACUCCAUUUGCGGACAGAAAGACGUCCAGGAAGGUUCAAUCCCCUGCGGAAAGAAGGGUAAGGUGACCUUAAAGACCGUGCUAGCACCCCUCGCCUUUCUAUGCGAGAAGGAUGUCUUCAUCACCCUUCUCUUCGGCAGCAUUGUGUACACAGUGUGGUCAAUGGUGACAUCCUCCACAUCGGACCUAUUCGAAAAACAAUAUGGCCUGAACUCAAUGGAAGUUGGCCUGACCUUCCUCGGCAAUGGUUUUGGAUGCAUGGCCGGCUCGUAUACAAUCGGAUACCUGAUGGACUACAAUCACAAGCGAACGGAACGUGAAUAUUGUCAGCAACACAACCUUCCGAUCGAUACUCGCAUCAGCUUAAAGAGCUACCCCGAUUUCCCCAUCGAGUAUGCCCGCAUGCGCAACACUUGGUGGAUCACGGCUAUCUUCAUUGUCUGUGUCGCCGUCUACGGAGUAUCCCUCCGCACACACCUUGCAGUCCCAAUUAUCCUACAAUUCCUCAUUGCCUAUGGCUCCACCGCUAUCUUCACCAUUAACAGCACACUCGUCAUCGACUUGUACCCCGGUGCUAGUGCUAGUGCAACGGCAGUCAACAACCUGAUGAGAUGCUUCAUUGGUGCUGCUGGUGUCGCGGCUUCUCAGGCUAUCAUUGAUGCUCUCACUGCCCAGUUUGCAUUUGUCAUGCUCGCUGGCAUUAUCCUCGCCACGGUCCCUCUUCUCAUGGUUGAGAUGAAGUGGGGCUAUGGAUGGCGUCUUGAGCGCCAAGAGCGCCUUUUGAAGAAGGAAAGCUCCGUCUAA